AUGAAGGAUUCACAACAAGGAAAUGACAAAGGAAAAGGCAAAAGUUCCGAUAAUUAUGAACAUUGGACCAAGGAAGAAAGCGAUUUCUUGUUAGAGCUAUUGGUUGAUGGUAUCAGUCGAGGAUGGCGUGAUAGUAAUGGGUCAAUAAGUAAGCAAACAAUAGAAAAAAGAGUACUUCCUCGCCUAAAUGAGAAAACCGUGUCUCCUAAAACAUAUAACAAUUACGUGACCCGAAUGAGAUGGUAUAAAAAGCAGUUUGACAAAAUGACUACUCUUAUGCGUAACAACUCUGGAUUUGGGUGGGACCCAAUUACAAAGAAGUUCACGGCUAGUGAUGAAGUAUGGGAAAAUUACUUGAAGUCCCACCCAAGUCACAAGAACCUUCAGACAGAAAGUGUUGCUAAUUAUGAUGAUUUAAAAAUUGUGGUUAGGGGUGCAACUGCUACUGGGAAUGGCUCACUUGCAUUAGGUGUCGAUGAUACCGAUGCAAUUUUGAUUUGAAAUUCAUGUAUGUCCUUAAUGGAUAGGAGGGUUCGGCUCAUGAUUCAAAAGUGUUAAGUGAUGCUCUAUCAAGGAGGAAUGGUCUUAAAGUUCCUCAAGGUAAAUACUUAUCUUUUUGGUGUUUUUGGUGGGAAAUACGUUUUUAUUUCUAUGUAAAACGAUGUCAAAUUUUAGCUCCGUUUCGAGAUGUGCGAUAUCAUCUCCAAGAUUUUGCAAGUCAUGGUCGUGGUCCUGAAAAUGAAAAUGAGUUGUUCAACCUUCGCCAUGCAUCCUUAAGGAAUGUGAUCGAGAGGAUAUUUGGUAUUUUUAAAUCGCGAUUCACAAUUUGUAAGUCAACUCCUCCAUUUCUAUUUAAAACACAAGCAGAGCUAGUGUUGGCAUGUGCAGCAUUACAUAACUUUCUUCGUAAGGAGUGUCAUUCCGAUGAAUUUCCUAUUGAGCCAACUGAUGAAUCUUCAUCAUCUUCAUCCUCAUCAAUACCAGUUGAUGAAGAGGACAAUUUUGAGCUGAUUUAUCAAACCCAAGAACAACAAAGAGAGGAUGCUAACACAUGGAGAGCUAGCAUAGCUUCAGCUAUGUGGAGAGAUGCUAUCUAGGUCAUAUGAGGAGAUGAAGAUCCAACAAAUGUUUAUUACGUAUUGAAUAACUUUUGUUUUCCUUAAGUCAUGUCUAGUUGCUACAUGAUUUUAUUGUUAUUACUUUUAUCAUUUGGUUAUU